GAUGAACCAUUCCAGUAGCAAUCAAUACCAAGCACGAUUGAUCGACAGCAAGGGUUCUGGAAAUAGAUCAAUUGAACCAGAUCACUCCCAAUUGAUUAUUCUAAUUUGACACCAGAUUCGCAUAUCCUGCUUACGACAAUAGCGACGACGACGAAGACGUCUCCAAUUUUAAUGAAAAGGAGGAAGCCGUGUCAGGAGUCUAUAAAUGUAAUAUAGAAUCCGAACAAUCUCAAUGACGGGGAUAUUUCAUUGAUAUCACACACAUAUAUUUGUCACUUCAUUCUUUACCUCUUAAGGCAUGCAACAAUUGUCCUCUCCUUUUAUUCAAUAUUUAAUUAAUACCAUGUUCUCAGCUCGCAAUACCGAUACUCCAAACCCAUUUCGACCCGCGCUUCAAUACCUUAUCCAUACCGCGAAUUCGAAUCUCCCGCGAACACGUUCGAAUCAUCGAAAAAGUUAUUCAAUCAGUAGUCUGGACUCAGAUGGAGAGAGCGGCGAUAAGAUGUCUUCUCGAAAUGCAACGACCUCAUCUGAACUUUAUCCUUCUAUCCCGCUCAUAAACAUAUCCCGAAGUCCCUCACCUUAUCGCCCAACGGCUGCCUCGGGCCCCGAGCCGACAUCAGAAAGCGACGAAGAAUAUGAUAAUUGGGGCACAUCGUCCAGGCGCCCUAUUCUUUCCGGGGUAGAGCCUAAAUAUACGGGUUGGCGAUAUGCGCUCUACAGUGGAGGACUGGGCCAAUUCCUCUUCAACACAUCACUAGGCUGGCGCUUUUAUGUCGGGGUUCUGGUAUUUUGGUUAGGGGGUUGUGGUAUAGGUCUGACUGUCAUGAAUAGGAUAGUUCUUUGGAGUGGGUACCUGCAAGAAAACUAUACUUCACAUACUAAGCUUAUGAUCUUAUUAGCCGGAGUUUAUAAGUUUCCCUGGCCUUUAACGACUACAUUUAUCGAAUUGUUGAUUACACACGGAUUUUUAUGGCUUUCGGCAUUCCUUACAAGAUUAGCAAGUCCAGUCUGUGUCACUGCUGGUCUGUCGAGUGCGGUUGCGCCAAGUACACCUUUGCACAAUUCGAGCUCACCUGGAUUUAGGGGAGAAGGAAAGAAACGAGGGUUACUUUCGACUCUGGGAAGGUUGUCAUCUGCAAGUUCCGGAGGUAUUGCUGGUGGUGGGCUGUUCGAAUUUGACUACGCUGUCGCUCGACAAGUCUUACCCCUCGCCAUUAUUUUUGUGGUGAAACUUAUAUUGAGCAACAUCUCUUUCGCUUACGCCGAACUUUCUAUAUAUGUCAUGGCUAGGAUUGGAAUCAUUCCAUUUUCUCUACUAUUUACUGCGAUCCUUGGACAACAGCAGCAUUCUGCAUCCACCAUUUCAUCAGCUUUGAUUGCUACUCUCUUUCUGCUACUAGGCACGAUAAAGGCUGGUCUUCGUGCACCAUGGGAAAGUAUAGUUGCCGGAGUCUUCUCGUCCAUUUUUGUUGCGUUAUAUCCUGUUCAGAUUCAACGUACAUAUAAAACGCUGGUCGCUCAACUUGUUCCUCAAGGCGACCUUAUAGGGGGUUUCGCUUCCGGUAACGGCCCGUCGGAUUUCUCUGGUUCUCGCGAGGAGAAUCGAGCAUACUGGCGUCUGCUACACUAUACAUCCCUUCUCUCCAUCCUCAUUUUCGUUCCCAUUCUCCUCUUAUCUGGCGAACUGCCAGAUGUCUAUCGCAAUUGCUAUUUCCUGGAUGUAUUCUUUCAUUGGUUAAUGGUUCUUUGUGGCGGCACUGGAUCAUGGGCAGUAUUCUGGUGCACAAUUGCAUUGACUAGAGCAACUGGUCCCCUUACGACAAGCUUUUUGUUUGUGCCACGAGCUGCGUUCUUACUACCUAUUAUGGCUGGUUUCAAGUUGCCAGCCUCCAAUUGGAUUGGUUUCGGGAUGUGUUGGGCUAGUUGUGCUUGGUUUUUAAUCGGACGGGUCAGAGAAGGUAGACCUAUUGAAAGAUUGAGGUGAUAAAAAUGUCUUCAAAUAACUUCGCACGAUUAAUUGUAUAAAGUUCAGAACACGGGAGUUGGAUAGAUGUCAUUGUAAAUUAACGAAAUAUGUCAUACAAUUUAUAUCUAAGGCCGUGUGCCUUUGGUAUGAUUCGACUAUUGGGAAAGCCCUCAACGAAGCAGUGUGGCGCCAUUCAAGCCUGCGCCGUAGCGUUCAUGAGUGCUUUCAUAGUGGCAUUUGUAACAUUAUUAAUUGCUUUCAGCAGGACAUGCGACGUGAUAUCAACAAAUACAGUAGCGGUUGCGUUUGCGGUACCGUUUGUUCCCCCUCGUUCCUAUGCCAAGCAUGUUCCUUUCCCAUAAUAAAUUGGGUAUUGGAUCCAAGUCCACCUCGCAAAAAUUAAAACCCAUGUCCAAACAAUAAUUGGUGUUAUAGUACUUCUCAUUCUAUGAAAUCUCGAUUGAUUUAAGACCGAGGUCGAUCGAACGUCUGGAAUGUUUUUUGCA